AUGUUCUAUAGCCAUGAAAUUCUCACGUCCCCGGAGCAUGGUGUUGCUACGAUAUGGCUAGUGGCGACCCUCGGCUCCAAGUCUAUCACGCGGAAGUUGAACCGCAAGGCAAUACUGGACGUGGAUGUAACUAGGGCCUGCGGUGUGAUCAAGGACCCGGAGGCUCCAAUGGCGCUGAGACUUCAGGGGAACUUGUUGUACGGAGUCUCGCGAGUCCACAAUCAGCAAUGCGGUUAUACUCUCACCGAUGUCCAGGCGAUACAUGACCGGAUGAGAUCUCUAUUUAGGGUCAUGUCUGGGGGCGGGCUGGAUCCAAGUGCUGGGAAAGCGAGACCAGAACAGCUUAUAUUACCCUACGAUCCGACCUUUCUGCCUGAGACCAACUUGCCUGGACUGGGACUUGAUCUGUCCUCCUUGCUACUCUCAGAGAACAAGUCAUUGAGUCAGCAGUCUUCUAUGUUGCUACCUUCCACACCCGACCUCCCUCAAUCCUCACUUGCCCUGAGCGCCAGCCCACGCCUCAGCUUCUCGUCUAGUGAUAUUGCCACAAGGGACUGGGGCCGAUUCGGUUCGGACGCAGACGCCACCGGUUCUGUCCAGAGAGGCCUCGGCUUAGUUGGAAUUGCGUCUUCUACCUUUGAGGAGGGUGGCGUCUUGCUUCAACCGGAUUUUGAGUUCGACGAGGACGGGAAUAUCGUCGAACUUGGGCCUCGUCGCGCUUCUGAAAUAACCAGGCACAGAGGAAGUGAAUAUCCCAUUCCGCGGGAACAUGAUCAGGUUCCACUGCAUGACUUGUCGCCUCAGGCGAUGGCCGUAGACGAUGAGAUGGUAAUGGUUGUUCAGGAGCCUAGCGGGUCAUCUCGAGCUCAUUCGACCACAGGCCAACCCGGCGUCCCUGUUCUGGAGGAAAAGGAGGUGGAGACCGAGAGCGCCCAGGCUAGCAACGGAGCAUCUACAGGCCGUGGUAAACGCCAACCUAGGCCCAUAAUUACCGACAAACAGAUCGCACUGCGAAAUACAGAGUUGGCAGGUCUCAACAAUGGCUAUGUGGAGAACAUGGCUGCUGCUGUGCAACAAAAGUCUUAUAGCAAACAGUCAGCCCAAGCUAAGAAGAACGCUAUUCUCUGGGUUUAUGGCCUCGGUAUAGGGUCUGUUGGUGGCGGCGUGGGCGCCUCCCAGUACCAGCAUCCUUUGAAUUGUUUCUCUGGAGACGCCUUGUACGAGGCCCUAAGUGGUGAGAGACAGAGCAAAACACUCAAGCGCAAACAGUCUUCUGAACCGGAACAUGACUCCGAUUCGGAGACACGGCGAGUACGUGCAAAGGAAGAAGAAUAUGAAGAGGAAUUGGGCCGGGGCGAACAGUUAGAGGGCGAUGAUCUCUGGCGCGAGAAUGUCGAGAUCGGCCGUCAAGCCUCGUCGGUUAUUCAUGAAGGAAAUUCCCAGAUGCCGUGGAACAUCACAGCCUCGGUACAGAGCUCCCGGUUCGGUUCUUCCAUCGCGAAUGCGUUCCGCGGAUUUGGAAGCGCCAGCGAUGUGUCGUCCCGACUCAUGCCCCACUCCGUGGGAUCGUUCGGCACCGAUCUAGAUCUUGCUCAGUUACGAGGUCAAAGAUCACGAAGCCAAGCAAGUGCUAGCCCACUCGCCGGCCGCAGCCUUCCUUUCGACAUUGACGUGUUGACCGGUUUGGAUCUCGAAGCCAACGACCUGGCGAAUCUCGAAGACCUCGACUUGGGCGAUUAUCUCCAGACAAACCUCUACUCUGAUGAAAAUGCCGGAAUGGAAGGUGUUCAGGAUAGAAACCAGCUGAAUUCCCAGAAUACGCAUCUUUCCACGCUGGACCAGGAGAGCGUCAACUUCCUUGACUUUCUCAUGGUCAAGGUCGACGGCCAGAUGACGGCAUCCACCCACGGACCUGAUGGUACUACUUCUUCUGGAGUGAAGCAAAUCACGUUUUCUGCGCUCAUCCCUCCAGAGAGUAGCUCUCGUGCUGUCGCGACACAUGGCCUCAUGCAUACGCUCACCCUGGCAACCAAGGGAUUCAUAAAUGUUGCACAGGAGCCCUACGAAGAUGAUAGUAGCGAGGAGCAUGGAACACGGUACCGCUAUGGGGAGAUACAUCUCCAGCUGUUGGGUGCGUAG